UUCUAAUUUAUUGAAUAUGGCUGUCUUCAGUUAACAGGCCCUGCACUCUGUCUCAAUGUCACAACAAGCCGAAUGGUCCUAAGAGGACUAAACUACACAGAAAAUAUUGGAUUGCAUUUGUCACAGUUGCAUUUUAUUGAAUUUUACGUAAUUCUGUCACUAACUUGAGCAAAAUGUUUGUCAAACACAAGUGAAUGCUCUAACGUAACAUUAUAUUUGUCACAUGCCAUUUUAUUUUUUUAUUUAGGUAUUUCUUCAGUAGAUCAUGAUUCUUUUUAAAUAUAAGUUUCAGCUUUAUUAAGUACUGCCCCACUUCCCUUGUAAUUUGUAAUAAAAAAAAUUUAAUGUGUAGACUAAUUGCAUCUCUUUAAACUUUCAUUAAUCUGUGUGUCACUGCCAUUAUAAACAACAAAACACUUUAUACCAUUUAAACAGAAACAGAGUUGUGUUUUUGUCAAUGAACAUAACCAUAACCACUCAUGAAUGUGACUUAUAUGUUUUCAGCUGACUUUUUGUUGUUAAUUAGGUGUAAAUGGAAGUUAUUUCUUUGCAUAUGCCUUCCCCUCCUGCAUGUCUAAUUUAAUAGCAGCACAAGGACAUUUGCAAGACAAAUAAAAACUGCACAAAACUAUACAGAUUUUUUCUGAGAUCAUAAUUACUAGUGAUGCAAGUGAGAAGGCUUAAUAUUUUCUAGGUGCAUUGUUCUCUUUAUUUGUGUAUUAUAUUGUCCAUAAUAACUGUGUUGUAAUAUCUCAUAUGCCUUUUGUCACAGCCUUUAGUACAUUAACGAAAAUCAAUGAGAACCACAGACUGUAAAUAAAGCCAGAAUAGAUUUUCUGAGAGAUAACUGUAAUACAUAAUUUUAUUAGGAACAUGUUUAUUGGAUUUAAAUGUUGUAGUGAAUCUAGCUAAUUAUUUAGCUAUUUGUUGUAAAAAAUACAUUUAGAAAUUCACAUACAAUGCCUUGUACAAGCCUCCCUAACUCCUAAACCUUUAUUUCUUGUUAGAACCAUUUCUUUGAUGUACUUUUAAUGGGAUUUGAUGUGACAGACCAACAGAAACUAUUAGCAUAUUUAUGAAGUGGAAAGAAAGUUAUAUGGUUUUCAAUGUUUUUGUUUAAGAUAUUUAGAAAAUAUAUUCUGCUGCCAUCACUAUGUUUUACCAUAGGGAUGAGGUACUUGUGGUGAUGUACCCAUCAUCCCCAUGGUGAAACAUAGAGAUGGCAGCAUCAUGCAAUCUUAUGCUGUGCGGAUAAUUUUUCUUCUGCAGGCUGAGAUUGGGGUGUUAAGAAGAGCUAAAUAUUGCACAAAAACUGAAGAAAUCCUAUUAGAGGCUGCAACAGACUUGAGUAUGGGGAAGUGGUUCACCUUCUAGUAGGACAACGACCCUAAACAUACAGCCAGAGCAACAAUCUAAUGAAUUAGAUCAAAGCAUAUUGGUGUAUCAGUAUGACCUAGUCAAAGCCUAGAACUAAAUCCAAUUACGAAUUUGUGGCAAGACUUAAAAAUUGCUGUCCACUCAACCUCUCCAUCCAGUCUGUUUGAGCUUAAACGUCUAAAAGACUUUCAGGUGCAAUUGGAGUGAAGGAUGGCUCCAAAAAGUAUUGCCUUUGUUCAGCUCCCCUGGUCAAACUAAAGAAAGGCCUCCCUGCAGCAUGAUAAUGCCACCAUCAUGUUUCACUGUGGGAAUGGUGUGUUCAGGUUAACUCUAGUGCAACCCACCUUAUUAAUGAAAACUGAAAACCAAUGAAACUUCACUUCAAAUUGUUUACAAAAAAAUUUUUUAAAACGUUGCAUUACUUCCCUUCUACUUCAUAGUUUUUUGUGUUGGUCUAUCAGAUUAAAUCCCAACAAAAUACAUCAACGUUUUUUGCUCAUAUUUGUUGUCUAAAUUAAAAUGCACAUCAAUGUUUAAGAGUUUAGUAGUCAACAGGGCUAAAUGAUGCGCUAAAUGAGGGCAAUGCAGGCUAGGAAGGACUAGAAGGAGCUCCUCUCUCUGCCUGUAAAUUGGACCCUUGGGUCCUGCAAGUACCCAGCACGCUUCCUGCAGGUUGCCGCAAGGGGCGCUGGUGCUCAGCCAGUCCAGGACGGCUUGCUGAAUAUUCAAAGUUUAUAAAAAGGCUUGCAGCAUAUCAGGGACCGCUGGAGCGGAGCGCUGAACUGUACUUGUGAUCCUGGAAAGAGCGGCCAAGUUGUAAAAAACGACUACAGGCCGAGACCCCCUCACGCUAGAAGUGUGAUGAAGCAGCGAGCUGUCAGCGGGCCUGUCUGUCAGUGGGCCAGCGCUCCGUGAAACAUCUCCCCAUCUCACACACUUACACACACGGGCCGUGGGUGGGAGCCCAGUGGCCGGUGCGAGUGUCAGACCAGCAGGGGAAGAGGAGAGAGACGUGGAGCGGAAAGAAAAGGAAGAGUUGAGUGAGAGAGGGGAGAGAGGGGGAGACCUCGACUGAUAGAGAGAGAGAUAAGAGAGAGAGGGAGAUAGAGAGAGAGUAGGAGAGCUCCGUCUUUCCCGGUGCACUUGGCAGUCUACUUGCGGGCUGCUGUGCUGUUGCUGUCGUGGCGUGGCUGGUUGCGCCAGGCGGGGGAACUUCACCACACUGGAGCCCGGAGUCCCACUCUCUCACCUGCGCAGUUCGGAGCUGCCAUGGCUCUCUCGCCAGGAUUGACUGUCCUAAUUAUUCUGCCGGCCUUCCUGCUGCACACCAGCGGCCUUUACAUCGCCAGUAGCGUUGACUCCCUGCAGAACAUCCUGGGGGACUAUGGACUGGUAAGGCCGAUAAGUGUGGAUGCAGAGGGCCGCUUUCUGUCACAUGCCAUCUCGGCUGGUCAUGUGGCAGCGGGGCAGUCCCGUAGGCGCCGGAAGAGGGAGGUAGGAGAAGGCGGCGAUGAGUGGGAAGGACCUAGAGGAGCCGAGGAAAACCAAGAGCACCAAGCCGGCCAGAAGAGGCUCUACUACAAUGUCACCGUCUUCGGCCGGGAGUUCCACCUGUGUCUGCGCCACAACACCAGGCUGGUGGCCCCCGGAGCCAAGAUGGAGUGGCACGAUGACAGUGACAGCAUCUGGUACUCUGAGCCCCUGCACAACGAGUGUCUGUAUGUGGGGGACAUCACAGACACACCAGGAGGCACCGUGGCUCUCAGCAACUGUGACGGCCUGGCUGGAAUGAUCAGAACAGAGAAAGAGGAGUUUUUUAUUGAACCAGUGGAAAGGGGCAAUGGAGUAAUAGAAAAGGAGGAGGAUGGAGGAGGAGGGAGGACACACAUCAUCUAUCGCUCGUCAGCUGUUAAGAAAGUGCCCAUCAGCAGCCCAGCGGCAGACUACCACUCCAGAGGUGCAGAUCUGGGUGGUCUGAUGGACCUAGAGUCUCUGUAUCGUGGUGUGCAGCAGAGCAUCAACCACACACGGGCUUCACGAGUGCGCCGGCAGAGUCUGGAUAGAGCCUACAACAUCGAGGUGCUGCUGGGCGUUGAUGACUCUGUGGUCCAGUUUCACGGGAAGGAGCAUGUACAAAAAUACCUGCUGACCCUCAUGAACAUCGUGAACGAGAUCUAUCAUGACGAUUCUUUAGGAGCACAAAUCAAUGUGGUACUGGUGCGGAUAAUCAUGUUGGGCUAUGGCAAGUCCAUGAGCCUGAUUGAACUGGGGAACCCAUCUCAGAGUCUGGAGAACGUGUGUCGUUGGGCCUUUUUGCAGCAGAAGCAAGACACGGGUGACGCAGAGUAUCAUGAUCAUGCCAUUUUCCUCACACGCCAAGAAUUCGGCCCUACGGGCAUGCAGGGUUAUGCGCCAGUGACAGGGAUGUGCCAUCCUGUGAGGAGCUGCACUUUAAACCACGAAGAUGGUUUUUCUUCCGCUUUUGUGGUGGCCCAUGAAACCGGGCACGUACUUGGGAUGGAGCAUGAUGGUCAGGGAAACCGCUGUGGCGAUGAGGUGCCCUUGGGCAGCAUCAUGGCUCCUCUGGUGCAAGCUGCCUUCCACCGCUUUCAGUGGUCUAGAUGUAGCAUGCAGGAGCUGGGACGCUACCUUCAUUCCUAUGACUGUCUUCGGGACGACCCGUUUGACCACAACUGGCCAUCACUCCCUCAACUUCCUGGUUUGCACUACUCCAUGAAUGAACAGUGCCGCUUUGACUUCGGUGUGGGCUAUACCAUGUGCACCGCGCUACAAAAGGCGGGCCAGUCAGGAUCGCAGUACCGUACCUUUGACCCCUGCAAGCAGCUGUGGUGCAGUCACCCAGACAAUCCGUUCUUCUGCAAGACCAAGAAAGGGCCACCCAUUGAUGGCACCAUGUGUGGGAAUGGACAGCACUGCUUUAAAGGUCGCUGCAUUUGGUUGACUCCUGACAUCAUGAAGCAAGAUGGAAACUGGGGCUCAUGGAGCGAGUUUGGACAGUGCUCACGCACCUGUGGGAGAGGAGUGCAGUUUCGCACCAGAAACUGUGACAAUCCCAGUCCAGCCAAUGGUGGCCUGUCCUGCAGGGGGCCAACUUACCAGUUCCAGAUGUGCAACACCAAUGAGUGUGAGGACAUCUACAGUGAUCCCAGGGAGGAGCAGUGUCACGCCUCAGAGUGCAGCAACAAGCACCACUGGCUGCCUUAUGAACACCCAGAAGCUGACAAACGCUGCAACCUAUAUUGCCAGUCAAGGGAAACCAGAGAUGUGGUCCUCAUGGAUAAACUGGUGCUGGACGGCACACUCUGCUCGUACAAAGACCCGCACAGUGUGUGUGUGCGUGGAGACUGUGUGAAGGUUGGCUGUGAUGGCGUGGUGGGCUCCCCGAAGCUGGAGGACAAGUGUGGAGUGUGCGGAGGCGACAACUCCCACUGCAAAACCUUCAAAGACACAAUCAUGCGGACUGCUAAAAAGCAAGGCUUCCUUAAAGUUCUGGAAAUCCCUAGAGGAGCAAGACAUUUACUGAUUCAAGAGCUGAAAGGCACCUCACACACUUUUGCUGUUAAAAACGUGGCUUCAGGACUGUUUUUCCUAAAUGGGGAAACGGAAUACCCAGAAACCCGUUCUGUCAUAGAGAAGGGGGUGGAGUGGGAAUAUGAGAAUGACAAGGACAAGGAAACUCUUCAGAGCACAGGGCCCCUCAGACAUGGAAUUCUGAUAAUGAUGAAAUUACAUGGAGAUGAGGAUGUAAAUUUGUCGUAUAAAUACUUGAUGAAUAUUGAUGGUGACUCGACCAUUCAGGACAACAUGCUUGUGGAGGACAGUGCCUACGAAUGGGCUCCGAAGAGAUGGUCCUACUGCUCCAAAGCAUGUGGUGGAGGGAAGCAGUAUCUGCGAUAUGGCUGCAGAAGAAAGGUUGACAGCAAGAUGGUUCACAAAAUCUUCUGUAACAAGUCCAACAUGAAGCCCAGAGGAGACAUGAGAGACUGCAACCAGAAGCCUUGCCCUCCACCGAUCUGGGUGACAGGGGAGUGGCAGAACUGCAGUAAGCUCUGUGGAAAGACGGGCAUGCAAGUACGCUCUGUCACCUGUGUUCAGCCUUCGGAGGACAACACGACACGCCUCAUUCACAAUAAACACUGCAGCGACGACCGUCCAGAGUCCCGCAGGUCCUGCAACCGAUAUCCUUGCCCCACGCAGUGGAAAGUUGACCCCUGGUCACCGUGUUCAGUGACUUGUGGAAACGGGACGCAGCAGAGGCAGGCACUGUGCCACACCAGGGACAACACCAUUGGACUUUGUCUAGACAGCAAGCCUGACACAAUCAGAGUUUGUCGAAUGGAACCAUGUCGCAAGGGCUCAUCAGACCUCAACAAGAAUGGCAACAUUCUGAUCCACUGGCUUUCCCGCCCCAACCCCAACUACCCAAGGAUCUCAUCACGCCUAUCAUGUACGAGAGACCGCUCUGUGUUUUGUCAUAUGGAGGCUCUGCAGCGCUACUGCUCUCUACCAGACUACUGGCGUUUAUGCUGCAAGACCUGCAACAGCAUCAACAGCACCAAAGCUGAACCUAACUCCACUGGUACAUCCACCCUCAACAGUAAUGUCACUCCUACUCCAGCCAAGAACCACCUGAGCUCCAUCUUGACCACUGCUCAACCUACUAAAGCAGCCAUCUCCACCACUUCCACUGAUACUACUACUCAACUCCCAGCCUCCAAAACCUUAACCCUUUUUUCCACUGAAUCUUCAACAAGAACAACAAAAAUAAUUUCCAGACAUAAAUUGGUUGCAACAAGCAUUCCUUUCCUCCCCACCGCCUUUUUCAGAUCUGUUUCAACUUCUACUGCCACUCGUUCCCAAGUCUCCUCAACCAAAACCCUUCAUUUCACCAGCACUUCACUGAGAACCAGAAAAAUAAUUCCCACUUAUCCGCUGGCUGCGACGAGUUUUCCUUUCCUCUCCACCACCAUUCCCAACACUUUUUCAACUUCUGCCACCAACAAUUUUCCAGCUUCUACAACUCAACCCCUCCAUUUCACCUCAUCUUCACCAUCUACCACAAGAGUAAUUCCGACACAUCCACCAGCUACUACAAGAAUUUCUUUCCUUUCCACCUUUUUUCCUACUACCAUCACUUCUUUUACUACCAGUCAUCAUAAUGCUGAGAUCACAGAUCCACUGCUGCAGAGCACUUUAACUCCUUCAACAGCUAAGACAACAAGUGCCAACGUCCUUACACCAAAAUCCACUCAUAUAACAAGAGGUUCGACAGAAAACUGUACUAAAAUAGUCAUUAGGCCAAAAUUCAAUCCUAAAAAGAAGAUAAAGCCACAAAUCAAAAAAGAGUUGGUUCCAUCAAAGGGAAAUCUAAAAAAAGAAAUAGCACAAAGAAAUACUACAAAAAAAUAUGUUCCACCAAGGAACAAUCUUCAAAAGAUGACAAGUAUUAAUAAAAAAAAUGGAGCUCCCAAAAAGAUUAUUGUGACAAACUCCAAUGGGAAGAAGCCCACUCCAACAAAUACAGCCCCCAAAAAGACUUCACCAUCAACCCUUACUCCAAAGAAGACCACUCCAAAGAAUACGCCUCCAAAGAAGACCAUUUCAUCAAAGACUAUUGUGAAAAAGACUAACCCACCAAGCACCUGCGCCAAAAAAAAUAUUCUACCAAACCCAACUGUGAAAAAGACCACUCCAGCUAAAAACACCCCCAAAAAGACUAUUCCAUCAAACCCUACUGCAAAGAAAACCACUCCACUAAAUAAUACUCCAAAGACUACUAUUCCAUUAAAAACUAAUGUGAAAAAGUCUAAUGCAACAAACACAAGUCCAAAACAGAAUAUUCUAGCACACCCAACUGUAAAGAAGAAGAUUCCAGCAAAUAUUACCCCCAAAAAGACUAUUCCAUCAAACCCUACCGCAAAGAAGAUUCCAAUAAAUAAUGCACCAAAUAAGACUUUUACAUCAAGACCUACUGUGAAGACGUCCACUCCAGCAAAUACGAUACCAAGGACGGCUAUUCCAUCAAAGACUAUUGUGAAAAAGGCUAAUCCACCAUUCACUAGUGCCAAAAAUGCAUCUACACUGAAUACAACUCCAAAAAAUACUUCUCCAGUUAACAAUCCUCCCAGGAAGAAAACUCCAAUCAACAUUUCUAAAAAGACAGCGCUAGUCAAGAAAUUUCCAGAGAAAAAAACUAAACCUGUACCUAAAAAGGAGGUUCAUUUAAGGACCAGUCCCCCAAAGAAUACUCAACCAAAAAAAAUUAUCACAAAACAACCUCAAACAAAGACCAACCUUAAAAACAACCCAAAACAAGCACCAAAAAGUGCUGUUAAGUUGAAGGUCAAUGUCAAAAAAAAUAAAGUCACAGAGAUAAAGACAAACCGAAAAAACAAAACUUCUUACUUUACCACACCACCCACCCCUACUGAGGUGUUUUCUUCCACUAGUCCCUCCAGCAGCGUUGUGCAAGUUACAGUAGUAAGCUUGCCUUCUUCUGAGUCAAAACUCAGUCCUAUAUACAUCAGUAGGGAUGCAAUGGUUACCAACAGAACUCCACUCAUACACCAUGGCGGCACAGACAUAGGGACGACACCCGGCCCUAUCGAUGAUUUUAUAACACCCUCUGAUGAGGCUGUCACAGGCACUAUUCCAUAUAGUGAAAGCACAGUAACAAGUAUUGGUGAAGAUACAGAAACCAUCUGGACCUUUCCAAGUGGGGAUGACAUUAAAGAGUCCUACAGCAGUUCAAGAGGGAUCACAGACACCGUUGUGCUGGAGGACAGCCUCUCCAUGAUGAUCCCAACUAUAAACGGAGAGGAUACAACCUCUCCACCCUGGCUGGACCUGCCUGAAUACAUCUCUGUAGGUGUACCCAUUCCGACAAUGACUUCAGACCUACCUGGCACCCCAGUACCCACUGUGGAAUCUCACACAAAGGAAGAACAAGUGACAGUAACCCCUGAAAUCAUCUCCACUUUGAAGCCUCAGCAAAAUGUUGCGGAGUACAAUGAGAGAAAUUCAAUCGACGUCUUUGAUAACAGAGUUGUUGGUGUGGACGGUGACGUCUCUCAAAACAAUUUGAUCCCAAAGCACCGGGUCAGCCUCAGAGAACAAACCAAGAACAAACGGAUACAAGAACUUCUGGAGGAGAAGCGAAAUUUUGUCCUCAGGAUGAAAAGGGGCCACACGGAACAAUAGAACAGCCUUAUGGAUUUAUCUUGUGGGAAUAAACUCUUCUUGACUGCAACAAUGUUCUAUAUCAUGCCAUCCAAAGGGAAACAAAGAGAUCAUCUCUUAAAAAUCAAGCAAAAGGCAUCAUUCUCAAAAGUUGUGGCAGAAAAUAUCGUGCUCAGUAUUACAGAUUUGAUGCAAUUUGGCUUGUAGACACAGUACUGCGAAAUAAACAGGGCCUUUGAAAAGCCAAGUUGUUUCCCUUUUUCUCAAACAGUGCUGUUGGCUGAGAAUUUAGUCACCAUGUACAAAGAUUUAAGAUUUUGUUAAAACAAUAUUAUUUUUACAAGCAUUCACAGAACAGAAUUUAGCACCUACAGUCUCCAAUUCACAUAUUACAUGACUGCCAAUGACUGCAUCCAACUCCUUAAAUGAGAUUAAACCAUUUCUAAGUGGUCCUGGGGAUAUUAGACAUAACAGUUCAUGUUAGAUGUGAUAUCAGUUUUUACACUUGGUAGAGCAGGGCAGUUUCCAAAGCAAAGAUUUUCUGUAAGGUUUCUAAACUCUCAGGAAUCUAGAGUGAAACAUUCAUUAAGAGGCUGUUGUAAACAUUUGGUGCUUGAACUUCCUACCAAGCCAUGUAGGAAAUAAAUGUCCAUUGAUCGUGUUUUUUGGUCAGUUGUGGUGCUUUUUUCAUCAGUGUUGCUAAAAGUUCAAAUGUUUCUUACGCAUUUGUUUAUGCACGAAAUACAAAUUAAAAAAGUCUUUCUUCAUCAUAUCUUAGCUAAACCUCCAAGGGCCAGUCUGUUUUCUUCUCUGAUAAAGUUGUAUUAUUUGUACAUGUUUGAUUUACAGCAUCUAAAAAUUGCCUAUCUUUCUGUACUAUAUAUGUACAUAAGAAAAAGAAGCUAAUGUUAAAUAUUUAUUAAAGUUUAAAUGCCUUUGAUAAUUUGCAAUUCA